AUGCCAACUUACAACAGAGCUGUCUCCGCCGAUUCGAGGAAAACAGACAAGUUUCUGAACAGCAAUAACCGUGAAGAACCCCCAGCAGUGGCAGACCAAGGCAACUCCUCAAGAGCUGGUAAGAGGAAGACAAAGCAUGGUGCUGCCAAACAGCUCCUUAAUCUCGACAAUGCCGGCGACAGUACACCUCCAGAGCAGAUGGAUCAACAGCCAUCUGCGUCACCUACAAAGUCCCAAUCCAUACUCGGGCAGCUGAACCAAGGCUUUCCGCAGAGCAUGAAUCAUGGGAACUCGGAUAUAUUGAGCGACCUGAAUGGUAAUCAGAAAGUAUCCGACGAGUAUACACCGCCGAGCAAUAUCUGGGCACGGAACACAAGCUACAUGUAUGGACAAAGCCCGCCUGUUGAAACCCUUCGAGGGUUAGGCCCUGCAGCCUCCCCUCCCUGCGAACCAGGCUUCAGUGCCCGAGGAACUCUCAACACGAGAAGCCCUGCUGUCUCUCCGCCGUCCAGAAAGGCCAGACCGGUGAGCUACGGCAGUGGAAUGCCUCCAUUGCCCGCUCAUCCAAGGAUCUCGACAUCUCCGUACGGCUAUGGGGUCAGCGCUUAUGGAUCGCCUCCAGCAUUGCCUCAUCUUCCCCAACAACAUUUUUAUGGUCCCCACGACGUAGACCUGGGUCUGGCGAGUGCUGCGACGCACAUGAAUCUUUCACAGCCGCAUACAUUCAAGUUUGUACGAAUCCCAGGGUUUGGACAUGAGCCGCGAGGCGCGGUCCUUCUGACAUGUGAGGGUGUAUUGAACGUCCUCAGCUACAACGGGGAGAGACUGGAACAUGUUGGAGCUCUCAUGGGUGUGCAAGGUAUCGUGGUCGAUGCGGCUUUCUUGACUUGGAACGCCGACGAGGAUCCUUUCGCGGAUUUACGCCCAUUGAUCGCGGUCGCCAUCCAUGGCCCCGGAAGUGCGGAAGCGCCUCCUUCCGUGCCUCGCGACCUACACUCCCAGGAAUACCAAGAGCCCACCCUCGAGACGAAGGUCGUGGUUUACUCAUUGCGCAAAACCUGCCAAGUCGCUGAGCUAUUGCGAGUCCCAUGCGUCCAGCCGAGCUUCCCAGGAAACGUUCCAACCUCCGCCUCAACUGGAGAUCUGAAGGUGCGUGCCAGUGCCGGUUUCGUCGUCAUUUCUUCUGGCGAAAGUGGCGAGGUCUUCAUUUUCUCAGCCCGAAAGGGCAAAGAUUCACCCGGCUUCGAAUGCUUGGGAAAGUACUGGACCACAUUACAGCCACAACUCCAGAGAAGAGAGUCUUCCCAUGGACCUUCUUCCGAUGCAGAUGUUUCCCCUGCCGAUCUAGGACGUGCCUCUGCGAACGAGAGUACACCCAUCCUAAGUAUGAAUGGUCGUUGGCUGGCCUUCUGUCCUACAAGUAGUCCUUCGCGGCGCUCGAUCGGAGCUAUUUUGGGGAAUUCUGUCGUUUAUAACAAGAACUCAAACAUCACUGCAGGGACUGCUCCGACCCGGCCGCCUGUUAACUGUGAAGUCGAGUCUCCUGACGCCGAGUCUUUCUUUGGCAAAGUCGCCAAAGGGUUCGCGCAGGAAGCUGUCCGUAGCGCAAAAUGGAUCAGCGAGAAAAGUCUCCAAACCUGGCAGAGCUACUGGAAGAGAGACUCCACCAGCCCUCCAGUCCUGCCUGCUGCGGUCUCCUCGAGCCCUCCUAUCUACUCUCCUCAUCUCGGUCUUGCACAGUUUCCGCCAACGCACGGAAUUGACCCACAAGACGUUUCAAGGGCCCCUGAGGUGGUCACUAUCCUCGACUUAAAGCUCCUCCAGGAGGGUUCAGGCAGAAAAGGCGUCGAAUCCAAUCCUGCUAUCACUUUCCAACCACCCGGAGGUUGUAGCUUCCUUUCAUUUAUGCCCACCGGACUGGGUCUUCUAACCGCAAACCGCAAAGGCGACGUCCAAUACGUUUGGGACUUGAUGCAGAUCAAGUAUAUCAGAAGCUCAGCCACAACAACAGGUACAGAAAGCGGACGGGUACGACAGAUUGCAAGGUAUGAAAGGUUGAGUCCAUCUACCAUUGUUGAUGUUGUGUGGGACGGACCGACAGGAUAUCGGUUUGCCCUUCUCACCAAGAACCGGACGGUCCAUAUCUUUGAUCUACCAAAGACGGCCUUUCAAUGGCCACCGCCACGUGCCAAAGAGGACCGACCCAUCUCUGCACCGGCCGAUCAAACUCAUGCAAAGAUGGAACACGAAGCUCCUUCUUCAGGGUUUUUUGCUUCAGCCAUGAGCAUUGCCGGGAGAACACAGCCGAUGCUUGCGAAUUUGCGAGGCAGAGCGCCUAGUAUGAAUGGUGGAAUUACAGGUAUUGGCGCAUCGGGGAUUGGGCUCGCUUCCGCUACUGGUAUCAAGAGUGGUAAGGCAGUCGCCGCGGGGCUUAGUAAGUCCCUUGGGGCUGCCACUGAAACUGUCACCAACCUCCGGCACGCAAAUCAGAGCAGACUCUCUCUGAAGACUGUUGCUCGCGCAGGCGUCAUCUGCUGGCUCGAACGGGAUGGGAAAUCCGUCCUCUCUGUGCUCGACUCAAGCAGUGUCAAGAAUUACUACAUACGCAUGACCAAACCCAGAGAAAAUCGUCACAGGGACACGAUGUCAGUGUUCGACGCACGGAGGGCUGUGGCUUUCAAACUGCCCAAAGCUACGGAUUUGAUUGCUGGAUCGGCGGCAGAUCUUCCCUCGUCCCUACCCCCAGGUGACGGCAACGAGCUAUCAGGGUUCUGGAGGUUUCGCGCUGGCAGAGAUGGGGCUACGAAAACGCCACAUCCGCUGGCGUUUGCCGAAAUCGAGACGAAUCCUCCCUAUCAACCGUUCCAUUCCGAUCGUAGGGUCAUCAUGUCUCUGGUCGGCGAAGAAUCAUCAAGUUCAGGUGACAACAUUUUGGGCCCGUCACGCCUGUUUCCACAGCGAAACUUUCCGUCUGGAAGGCCCACAACCGCAGCCUCUGAAGACAAAUGGGUGUUCGGCACAGAAAUCCGAUCUCAAAAACUGAACAUAGUUGGACCAUCUCAGCAGGUCGGUGAUGAAGGGUCCGUGAUCUACAGGGAAACGAAGAUGACUCCCAGUGUUGCCACAUUGAAUGCGGCGACCGGUGAAGUCCUAGAUGAUGGUGUCAGCCAUGUCGUCAGUAGCACCAAGAAACGAAAGAGCAAGAAAGGUCGUCCGCCGCCCCAGAUUUUCGAGGACGAGGAUGCGAGCGGGAUCGGUCUGGAUUUCGCGAAGCCAGACGAUACUGGUGACCCAGACUUUGACUUGUUGGACAGCGAUACCCGAAUUUGA